AAAAUUAAAUGUUAGGAUAAACAAUCGUGAGGAAAAUCAUUCCAUUUGUCCUAGCCCUAUACUAAAAGGGAAGGCAUCCAGGACGCCACGAAAUGGCUCUAUGGUUGCAGCUAAUUCAACUUCUACCACCCCUCGUGUGUCUGGAACUCUAGAGAGCUGGGAACAGCCCCAGGCUCUUAACAGAACUCCAACAAUUAGUGGAUCUAACAAUCGGAAGCGUCCUAUGCCUGCAGGGUCAUCAUCUCCCCCUAUAACUCAAUGGGGUGGUCAGAGACCACAGAAGAGUUCUCGAACGAGAAGGACAAAUCUUAUUCCAGUCCCAAACCUUGAUGAUGUCCAGAUGAAAGCUGAAGGAGGCUCACCUUCUGAUAUCAGUCCCCGGUUGAGCACCGGUACCACCAGUGCUUCUUUUCCCACCAAGAGUUCAGGCAGUGGGAACCAGAACUCUAAAGCAAAGGCUGAAAAUGUUUCAUCUCCUGCAAGGUUGUAUGAAAGUGAAGAAUCGGGUGCUGGCCCGUUUAGAAUGAAAGAGAAGGGCAUAGGUAAUGCAGAUGUUGAUGAAAAGGAUGGAAGUGCAGGUCCAAACAUUAGGACAUCUACAAUACCUAUGAAAAAGAAUAAAAUCAUGGUAAAAGAAGAAAUCGGUGAUGGUGUGAGGAGACAAGGGCGUAGUGGAAGGAUCUCACCAUUUUCUAGGGGUAUCAUGUCCUCAACGAGAGAGAAGUUAGAUAUUGUGCCACCGAGCAAACCUCUGCGAAAUGCAAGGUCUGGAUCUGACAAGAAUGGAAGCAUGUCAGGUCGCCCUUCGAAGAAGCAAUCAGAUCGCAAAGGUGUCUCUCGUCUUGGCCAUGGGGGUUCCCCUGAUUGUAGUGGUAACUUGAAAAAAUGCAUUUGUCCUUUCCGUUUGCUCGCAUUCUGCUGA